GUCACUCACUCGGAGAAGCUGCGACCGGCCGUGUGCGUGUGUGUGUGUGAGUGCGCGUGCAUCAUGAAUGUUUUCAUGGACCCCAUGAGCGAGGACGACGGUCAUCUCAUGGCCAAGCCGACCAUCCGGAUCUUCGAGCAGCCCAAGCAGAGAGGGAUGCGCUUCAGGUACAGAGUGGAGGGUCGCUCUGCCGGCAGCAUCCCGGGGGAGAGGAGCACCGACAACAACAGGACCUACCCCAGCAUUGAGAUCCAGAACUACUAUGGCAGGGGAAAGGUGCGAGUUCACCUGGUGACCAAGAACGAGCCCUUCCGUCCGCACCCUCACGACCUGGUGGGCAGGGACUGCAAGGACGGAUACUACGAGGCUGACUUCGGCCCCGAUCGCAAAGUGAUCACUUUUCAGAAUCUGGGGAUUCAGUGCGUGAAGAAGAGAGAAGUGAAAGACGCCAUUUUAAAAAGGAUUCAUUCUGGAAUCAACCCCUUUAACGUGCCCCAGGAGCAGCUGCUGCAGAUCGAGGAGUACGACCUGAAUGUGGUCCGUCUGUGCAUCCAAGUGUUCCUGCAGGAUGAGAGCGGACUCCUCUCCCGGACCAUCAACCCCAUCGUCAGCAACCCCAUCUACGACAACAGAGCUCCGAACACAGCAGAGUUGAGGAUCUGCCGCGUCAACAGGAACAGCGGCUGCGUGAAGGGAGACGACGAGAUCUUCCUGCUGUGUGACAAAGUGCAGAAAGACGACAUCGAGGUCCGAUUCUUCUCCCCCGAUGGAUGGGAGGCCAAAGGCUCCUUCUCCCAAGCGGAUGUGCACCGGCAGGUGGCCAUCGUCUUCAAGACGCCGUCCUACUACGACACGUCGAUCACCGAACCAGUCAUGGUGCAGAUGCAGCUGCGUCGGCUCUCCGACCAGGAAGUCAGCGAACCCCUGGACUUCCGAUACCUGCCUGAUGACAAGGACCCGUAUGGAUACAAAAGGAAAAGGCUCCAGAGAGACAGUGUGAUGAAUGGCUCAGUGGGCCACCUGCGCGGCGCGCCCAUGAACAGGCAGAAGCUGAUGCCUCACAGGGUGAUACAGAAAGACCCCACCGCCACCUUCAUGAGGCCGAGCCACACCCCCAUCCAACAAGCCGCCGUGUUCAACCCCUCAUACCAGCCUCCCAGUGUGUCGGGCAGCCAGGCGUGGCUCAACCCAAACUCCGCCCUGGACACGGUCACCGUCAGCCACGCCCCCCGGAAGCCCUUAUCCCACAGCCCGGCGUACGCUGGCGGAGGCAUGCUGCCCCAGCUCUCCGAGAGGGACCUGCAGUUCCUGGACAUCGUCGCUCCGAUGAGCCAGCCCGAGUCUCAGCAGAUGUACCCGGUGCCGCAGCAGGUGGGCGACCUCAGCACUGAUGUCCGGAGCCAUUUAGCCAACCAGAACAUGUGGCCUGGCUUCAGCACCCUCAGUGCUCAACAGAGCCCCUUUAACGGAUCGGUCCCUGGCGGCGGAGGAGCUCAGGGCUCUCUGCUGCAGAUGGAUGGGAUGGACAGCUCUGACUACCUGAAGGGGCUUGCAGGAGGAGGCGCUCACACCGGCUUCCAACUCAAACAAGAGCUCCCCACAGUCCUGGAGAGCAAAGCUUCUCCCAUGCACUUCCAAAGAGAAAACCCCGGAAGCACGUACACCGUCUUGCACCCGUGCGCUGGAACCAACGGCACCAACCCGGACAGGAGCGGCAGCCAGCCUCACAAGAAUCCUCAGAAUCCGUACUUAAGCGACAGAAGUGAACCACACUUUGCGAACUUGGACGACUGGAUGAAAGGCUACAAGGAAUGACACUCCCGGGAGGAUUGUCGCUCAAUCUUUUCUGACCAGCGGGUGUGAGCCCGCGAGCGUGCAUCAGAUGCCUUCACCCUCAGCAGGUGGGCCACAGGCGGCAGCUUUCUGUCGGGAUCCUUUCAAGAGUCACCUCUGGUCUGGUGUGAACUUAGAAGAUCCUGUUGACCAAUGGGCAGUGGGUUAACUCCUCCACACAGCGGACGUUAGAGAACUUCCUCUAGACGGCGGAAUCAUCUUUUGGACAGCGAGUGACGCUGGAUGGGUUUGAUUUUUUUUAAGUUCUUCUGUAAAAAUUCUGUAAAAGGUGAAUGAUUGUCUGUUCUUAAAGUGUGCCUACGAUUCUCUUCCGGUGUUUGAUGCAAAGAGCGUGCACUUAUUAGCCGUGGUUUGGAGCACAUGCUUCCUGAACUGGCAGAGUACGGAAAUUUCGAUUAAGGAGUGAGAGGAAGCACACUGAGUGAUGGCUUCCCAUGUAAUGACUAUGUCAUACAGUGAGAGUUCUCACAGCACUGCGACCAGAGGUUUCACAGCCAUGUUGUUCAUAGCCCCUCCCCCUCUGUAUAUCCUGUCUUCAGGUGCUGUCACCAUGUCAAUUUCCUGUUGAUGUAAAAUGAUUUUUUUUAUUAAAAUUUUCUACGAAGUGUAUCUAUAGGUCUUU